UAAGAAAACCAAUAUAUGCAAAUAAUGUGCGUGUAUAAGCUUCAAAGUACCGAACAGACUUAUUGGCAAUGUUCCCGUUUUUAGGUAAGAUACAGGAGUGAGCUAUUGCUAAAUCUAAACUGACGCGUAACCUGACGUCUCAGAAUUAAAUACUUCAGCGUUUCGGGCCUUAUUUUUUCCUCCCAACGUGUAUAUAUAACUAUUGAAUUUAUUUGCUGAUCGAUCAUCUUCGAUCCACUUAUAUUUUCCAUACUGGACAUUAUCCAUAGGAUUAGUGCGUUAUGCAACUGCUCAUCUGUUGCUUACAGGCGCUCAUAAAAACGACAGUGUUGAAAAAGUGUUGCAAGUGUUUCGAAAAAGACGUAAAAAAUAACCGACAAAUAGAUAGUAAGUGUUGAAAGAGACUUUGAAUUUGAGUGAGUGCAUAUAGGUAGACAUACAUUCGGAACACCUAAAAAUUGAACCAGAGAGUGCUUCCAAGCUGGGCGCUAUAUAUAGAUAUGUAGUUCUCGCAAUAACAGUUUUCACACACACACGGGCUGAAAGAAAAUAUAACAAACAUAUUUUUAUUUUAAUUUUUUCCUCCGGGUGGCUUCACUAUUGUGCUAAAAAUACGCUAAAAAACUUAACACGUCAGUUUUCUAUGUUUAUUUGAUGUGAACAAAAUGUAGUUUUCACCCUCAAAUGAUAGUUGUAGGUAAAAAUAUUUGAAAAAAUAUGCAGCAUAUGUAUCCGCUGGCUAGAGGGGAUCCCCUGUGUCCUUUAGGGUUUCAUCCCCAGGUGAGAUGGCCCACCAGGUGUAAAAGGUGUUUUAGAGACUAUAAAGAACACGGAGGUAAAAAACGAGACGAACCGAGUUUAAGAAAGGAUUCGUCUUCAACUUCAACCCCUAGCUUAUCAUUAAAUUUAAGCGAUGGAAGCUCAAAACGAAGUUGGGUAUCUAGUACAAAUCUGGCUAGUGAAAAUGACAAGUCAGGAAGCAGUAGUGAUAGUGACUAUUCGAAUCCUUCGUCUUGGAUAUCUACGCCUGAUUUGGCAAAUUUACAGGACGACACCCAAGCAGUUACAACUGUCAGUAUUAAGCUACCUAAGAGAAAACAAAAACCUAUAGAUACAGGACAACGGACAGUUUCAGAUAGUUUUUCGAUAAUAAAGGAACGCAAAUCUGCUCUGUAUGAAAAGGAAGACAGUUUAGCUGCCAGAGCCAAGAAGCUACAAGCCAUUAAGGAAUCUGCCGAACGAAGCUCGCGAAGAAUCCAAGUAAAGGAAGUGAAAACAAUUUCAGAGGAGCCUAAUAAUCACGAUGUACAAUUUCUUAUACAAGUAAAGCGAAACAUAAAGUUUCAAGAUUCUCUAGAGGAAAGUGGAUCAGGAUCGGAAAAUGAUGAUACGGUGAGUAAUGCCGGAACAGAAACGUCUGACGCCACUUUAGUAGGGCCAGAUAAUGAACUCAGAGAACAACUCGAGUCUAUAAAAAAAGAACUUGAAACAACUAAAGCCAAAUGUGAUAGACUGGAAAGAGAAAAAAGUGAUAUUUUAUUAAGAAGAUUAGCUGCUAUGGAAACUACAACCAGUAAAACUACUGCCACGGAAGUAUUGAAACUCCAACAAAAAUGCAACGAGCUUAAACAACAACUAGAAGACUACAAAGAUGAAAAAAGAAGCCUGUCUUUAAGAGUUAAGGAAUUGGAGGCUGAUUUAGACCUGAGGCCCACGGCACACGAAGCUCAGAAAGUGGCCGAUGAGCUCAGAUCGAAAUUAUUGGCAGCUGAAACUUUAUGUGAAGAACUUAUGGAUGAGAAUGAAGAUAUGAAGAAGGAACUUAGGGAUAUGGAAGAACAAAUUGACGAAAUGCAGGAUAACUUCAGAGAGGACCAAGCUGUUGAAUACACAUCUAUGAAGAAAGAAUUAGACCAGACGACAAAAAACUGUCGAAUUCUCUCAUUUAAACUUCGCAAAGCUGAAAAGAAGGCUGAACAUCUGGAAUAUGAAAAGUCAGAAUUGGAGAAAAAGAUGAAUGAGGUAUCUGGAGGAAGUUCUGGUCUUUCAUCAUUAGAAAGAAUCAGGCAAUUAGAGCAAGAUCUUAAAGUAUCAAAUGAAGUAUCUAUAAGACUACAACGAGAAUUAGAAGACUCGAAUAAAAAACUGGAAGAAGUUACAAAAACACCGGGAACGAAAAAAAGGGCCCCACUUUUAGGAUCUCUUGGAAAAAAUCUCUCUAAUGAUGGGCAAAAGGUUUCGAGAGAAUCUUUAACUAGAGGUGGUUCUCAAGACGAUCCUGCUCAGCUAUUAAGAGAUCUACAAGACUCCUUAGAACGCGAAGCAGACUUAAGAGAACAACUCAAAUUUGCUGAAGAAGAGAGCAAUAGAGUUUUUAGACGAAAGUUUACAGAUAGAGUACUGCCAAAAAUUAAGCUGGAUAACAAAUAUACUCAAACUCUUAUUCAGAACUUAGUCGAAAUGACCAAUACCGAAAUGAAAUCAACGCAAACGGAAGAUUGCAUGAAAGAAACGUGCUUAGAGGAAUUUAAACCAAACUGUUUUAAUGAGAAUAUUAUAACAGAAACGUCUGCAUUUAAAAAUUUAAUAGCUUCUUUGCAUUUACGUGAUACCCCUAUAGCAAAAAUUUACCAAUCUUCUGUUAGAUUAUUUUCACCUAUGGAUACUUUAGCUACUAUGAUGGGUCGAAAAUUAAGUCCAACAAACCAAAGAUUAACACCCGAACCUCAAGAAAAUAAAGAUAUAUCUGAAGAUGACGAUCCAACUGAAUUAAAGAUUCAGCUCGAACUUAGCGAACAAGAAGCAUCAGUUCUUCGGAAGAAACUCGAAGAACUAGAAGCAGAUAAUAGAAUUCUAAAGAGUAAAAACAAAGAUAUGCAAGAUAAAUUGCAUCUGAAAGGAUCUGCCAGAAAAACGUCAAUACAUAGUGAUAAGAUUAAUUCUAUUGACAAUCAAAAGAUUAAGGUUCUGGAAGACGAAACAAAUGAUCUCAGGAAGAAACUUAUAGAAAAAGAAAGAGACUGUGAAAGGCUACACGCGGAGUUAGCCUUAAAUCAAAAAAGAUCCAAAAGCAUUCAAAAAAGCAAGUCUUUGGAUAUGGAUCAACAAACUCUGGAUUUGAAAAGACAACUACAAGUGAUAGAACAAGAAGCGUUUGUUCUGCGAAACAAAGUACAAAGUUUAGAAAGUGAAAACGAAAAACUGACUGCCGAAAACAAGAAAAUUAAUCUUCUAAAAAGCACCAAGAAUUUGAAAAAUAGCGACAAGAAUUUAGAGAAAUAUGUGGAUCAAAUUGCAAUGUUAGAAAUUGAAUUGGCUGAAACAAAACAACGGAUCAAAGAUCUUGAUUCAAACUCAACGUCAGGUGAUAUAGAUAUCAAGGGUGACCUAAAGAAAUUCAUUAACCGAACUCCAAAGAAAGUAACAGUAUUAACUUCCAGAGAUCAAUUGAAAACGAUGGUCUCUGAUUUAGAAAAGGAGAUAGGUGAGAUGAUUACCUUUAUGAAAUUAAGCGAAAAAAAUAAAACCAUAGCGAAUGAAAUAACUAACCCAAAAUCCAACAACGAAGCUGAAAAACUUCGUAAUGAACUGGCCGAACUGAACAAGAAAUGUGAAUUAAUACAGAAACAACUAAAUGAAGAAAAAGAGAAGCACAAUAAAGACAUAAGCAAGAACGAAGAACUUAUAAAAGAACUAAAUGAAAUUCGCGAAUCUUUAGAGAAGGCGACAAACGAAAAGAAAAAAUUAAAAGAACAACACGAAAAAAUAUCUAAAGAUAGCAAAAAAGUUCAAGAAGACAGGAGAAACUUACAAGAUGAGCUAAAUAAACUUAAGGAACAAUUAGGUGAAUUAGAGUCUUCGAAAAAUCAAAUCAAACAACUCAAUAAUCAGAUAGAUGCUCUUAAAAAAACCUUAGAAGAAAAGAAUAUAGAAAUUGAUAAAUUGAAAGAAAGUAUUACAGAGCUAAAUAGGUUAACAGCUGAGAACACUUCAAAAAAUAAGAAACUAGUAGACCUAGAAGGUCAAGUAACUAAAUUUGAAAACAAAUACAGCGAAUGUGAUAAGAAGUUAAGAGAGCAAAGUAAAGAUUUUGAAUCUAAGAUUGAAAAGGAAAAACUCAAAAUUAAGAAUAUGGAGAAUGAACAAACCAAAUGGAAGGAUGAAAAAAAGAAACUCAAUUUCCAAUUAGAAAAUUUCUUGGUCAAAAUUAAAGGUCUCGAAAAUACCAUAGAACAAAAAGGUAAAUUAAUUAAACAAUUGGAAGAAAGUCUUAGCCAAGAAAGAGAUAUCGUAUCCAAAACAAGUUUGAAAGUAGAAGAACUGAAAGGCAGAGAGAUAAACCGACUUAAAGAUGACCUGAGCAAAAAAGCUGUUAUAGUUUCCGAAUUAGAAGCAAAAUUAGAAAUCGCCAUCAAAAAUGAAAAGAACCUAGAAGACAAAAUAAAGAAAUCGGAUUUGGAGAAGAAAAACUCCAAACUGGAACAAGAGAAGAAAAUUAAAGAACUCGAAAUAGACCUGCAAAACGAGAAGAAGAAAGUUGAUAUUUUAAAAGUAAACGCAGAAAAAGAACAUAAAAAUAGAGAGCUCGAGCUGUCCUCCUUAAAAAGCAAAAUUAAAAAACUCGAAAUGAAUUCUACUGGUAGUGUGAAAAAGGAACUUGAAAUAAAACAUUUCCAAGAAUCUAUAGAAAAGUUAGAAGACACAAUUACAAGAGAGCGUCAAAAAUAUGAUGAUUUGACGGCUAAAUAUGAAAUCCUUGAAGAAGAACAUGUUGUUACUAAAGCAAAAUUAGUUAUGGAGAAGGAAACUCUUGAAAACCAGUUCAAGAAUCUCAAAAAAGAAGUAGAUCAACUCGAAUCGGAAUUAAAAACAUUGAGAGAGACGUACAACACCAAACAAGACACCUGGAUAAAAGAGAAGUUAGAAAUGGAGCAAAAGCUAAAAGAAAUGAAAAAACCAUCGUACAACGGCACUGACUUUGAUAAACAGAGGCUGAAAGCUCUUUAUGAAGAGAAACAAUCUGAACUAGAGCAAGUAAAGAAAGAGUAUGAUUUGAUUCAUGACCAGAUGGAAUAUAUGAGGAAGGAAAAUGACGAGUUAAAUAAAAAACUGGAUGAUUAUGAAAAGGUUAAUAAGGUCCAAAGGAAUAUUAGUGCAGAUUCUUCAGCCAUGGAAAAAGAAAUCAAGCAUCUCAGAAUAAAGUUAAACAGUGCUGAUAAAUCUAAGAAAACUGAUGUAGCUGAAUGUAAAAUGAGAUAUGAAGGUCAGCUGAACGUUAUGAAUCAAGAACUACAGUCAUUACAGAAUCAAGUUUUGAGAUUUAAAAGAGAAAAAGAUUCUUAUAAACACAUGUUAGAGUCAGCUCAAAAGACUAUAGGAGAUUUAAAACAAUCUCCUAAGCUGAAUCGAAAUAAGAAUCCGAAAGAACAACUGCAUUACGAUGAACUGGAAGAAAGUAAGAACAAAGUUUUGACAUUAGAACAGCAAAUAAGUUGUAUGGAAGAUGAGCUAUCAGAGGCUCGCCUAGAGAGUUCUAGAUUAAAAACAGAGUUAAUAUCAGAGAGAUCUUCUUGGGAAGUACGAUUAUCCGAACUCCAUUCUAAAGUUAACGAAUUAGAAGAAGAAAAAGUUUUAAGUAGCGGUAGAACCAAAAUAGUUGGUCUUAGGACAAAAAUGGAACUGGCAUGGCAAAAAGAACGCGAAGAACAACAAAGAUUACUACAGGAAACAGCCACCUUAGCUAGAGACUUAAGACAAACAUUAUUUGAGGUUGAACGUGAAAGAGAUAAGGAGAGGCUAGAAUCAAAAAGAAAACAAGAUCAGUUCAAGAAAUCUUCGGAAGAAGAACAGGAAGAAAAUAAACGAAAAAUAACCGAACUACAAUGCGACUUGUUAGAAUUAAGAGACGCUCAUGCUAAAUUAAGAACAACCAAUGAGAAGCUACGAAGAGAAAAGGAAAGAUACGAAAAAGAACGCGAAGAACAAAGAAUCGUUAAGGUUGACAGAAGAAAGACAGAUCUAGGAGAUGAAAGGAAGGUCGAAAUGAUUAUUGAACAAGUUGACACCUUAAAACAAAUAGCUCCAGAACUAUUUUUCUCUAAAGAAAACGAAGCUCCAUACACUCCAACACCGCCUCGUCGGACCAAAUCAAAGUCAAGAGAAACAUCUCCUGCAAUUGAUUAUAGAGAAAGCUCCCAAACUCCCGAAGAUAAACAACAGCAAAUUCACCGAAUAAUGCAGCGGCUUGUUCACACAACUGAGGAUCUAAGAAAAAUACAAAAGCUCAAUGAAGAUGAAGAAGAACGGGAAAGGUUAAGACGAAUGGGAAUGCGAAGAGCGACAUCAACAGAAGCAGAAGCAAUUGGUAGUUCUCGAUAUAGCAAAAGCGCUUUAAGAAAACAAUCUUCCAUAAUCUCACAAGGCAGCCUUCAUCGCAAAAGUAUAUCUUUGGAGCACAAUAUCCAGGCAGAUCAAAAAAUAUGGCAAACAGAUAAUAACGAUAGUCUCUCUAGUCUUCAAUCUUUUGAAUCUGACAUUGAUAUCAAACGAGGUAAAAGGGAUUCUAGUUUAGACAGUAGAUUGUCAGCGGGAUCAACUCAGAGUGACACCGGCGAGAAGAAGAAAAAAACUGGAUUAAUGGGGAAAUUAAAAAAACUUACCAAAUCGAGAAGUAUCGAUGACCAAGAUCCAGGAAUAUUCUCCAAUCCAAGACAACUAAACUCCAAAAGUAAUUCGAGAAAUAAUUCAAAUUCUGACGUUAAUGAAGAAACAGGAAGUCGGGGGAACUUAAAAGACAUGAUUACUGGAAUAUUCAGGAGAGCUGGGUCAUCUUCUCGAAGUAACAGCGUUGAAAGAAAGCAUGAAACAAGUUCAACACAGAGGCCUUUAGUUAGGAAUGGAAGCAAUGGAAACGUACAUUCACAUUCUUCAGGAGUCAGUUAGUCUUAAUUCAUCCCUACCAUUUUUUUAUAUCUUCUGUACAUGUUAGUUAAAAUGAAGUUAUAGUAAGAUUUCAUGUUACCCUUAUUUCGGUUAAUUAAUAAUAAUAAAAUGGUAAGAAAAACGUAAUAUUAAAAAAUAAUGCUAGUCAGAUCAGUUCUAAUAUUAUAAACCUAUGAACAGCUCAAAUUUCUAUCCAUGUUAGGAGAGUAAUUUUCGAAGCCGUUAUUUUUUAUGUUUAAAUUCCUAUUGUUCCAUGAAUGUACUUUAAGAAUACUUUUAAGCAAAUUAAUGUAUUAUAUUUAAAAAAAUAUAUUUAUACGUAUAAUAUAUGCAAUAAAGAACAUAUAAUGUUUAGAUAACA